GCCUACACGUUUUUCGACUAUUUACUGCCAUAGCAGGCUAAUUGGCUGCAGCUUUUGAUCUCACCAUUCACGUCUUGGGAGAGAACCCAUGUGCUAUAUUUAUCCUACCGCAACUAGCACUAUUCCUCAUACAAGCUCCCGAGUGAACAUGAACAUGUUCAUGCCUAUGUGAAUGUACAAGUAGCCUGUUUUAAAAUUCUGUUUUCGCUUUUAGGCUGUAGGUACAUUUCAGUUGACUCCAUAUCGUCGAGCCGGUCGUCACCACAUACCCAAUAGGAUUACACGUAGGUCAAAACGAGACACAUUCGUUGGAGACUGUUCAGGAACGAAGAUUUGACAGUCAUCAAUAACGAUUUAAGGCUUGCUUUCGCUUUUUUUAAAAAUCCUUUUUACAGCACUAAUUGAGCGUGCCGAAUUUUGGGAAAUCGUUUUGACAAUGAUGUUCACUUUCGCUGCCUUCUGCUAUAUGCUCUCCUUGGUUCUCUGCGCUUCCUUGAUCUUCUUCGCCAUUUGGCACAUAACAGCCUUUGAUGAGCUGCAAUCAGAUUUCAAAGUCCCCAUUGACCAGGGCAAUCCACUACAUGCGCGUGAAAGGCUCCGGAAUAUAGAGAGAAUCUGUAGUCUCCUGCGAAAGCUGGUCCUCCCAGAGUUUGCCAUUCAUAGCCUUUUUUGCAUCAUGUUCCUUUGUGCUCAGGAGUGGCUGACAGUGGGACUCAAUAUUCCUCUCUUGUUCUACAAUACAUGGAGGUACUUCCAUAGUCCAACUGAUACAAAAGAAGUUCUCUAUGACCCUGCCUCUGUCAUGAAUGGGGACACACUCAAGUUUUGCCAAAAAGAGGCCUGGUGCAAGAUGUCCUUUUUUAUGCUUUCCUUUUUCUACUAUCUAUAUUGUAUGAUCUACUCUCUGGUCCCAUCAUAACAGAAAAUCACACACCACCAAAGGAACUUGAUAUCAGGGAUUGUUUUCUGAAAUUCAAGUAUUAUACAAGCAAUGGAAAUGCUAUCCUUCCUGGACAACAUCCCUUUUUGUUGAUUGACUGAUUAACAGGAAUCUUUAUAUAUUUUAUUUAUCUAUUUUGUUUUUAAAUGAAUGAACAUAUUCAUCACAUGUCAACAAAAUGUGUUACACUAUGUGACCGGAAAAGCAAUAGCUGGGCCGCUUUGAACUCUUUGGGUAACAGUUAUAGUGACUACAUUUAGGAUGUAGCAGGAACAUGGAGUAACUCAGCAAGUUAUUAUAAAGUGUGAGCCUGUGAUGACAUUUACAUUUGCUAACUCAAAAUUAAAUGAAGAGUAUAGUGAAAUGAUUCCAGUCUAAUGCAGUGAGUAGUGCUUAUUUUGACUUUUGCAAACAUUUUGUUUAGAUGUCAAUUUAGUUUACAAAUAUCUAGGUUCACCUACAAAGUAUUUUCACAGACAAUUAAACAUGAUGGAAAUAUGUGCUUAAUUAGUGAAGCACUAUGUCAUGUCUGGUUGUAAGUAGAAUUAUAUCUUGGGGUUUUGAUGGGGUCCUGAAGACAUUUAUUUUCCUAUACUGACCAGAGAAUAAUGCAUUAUCCCACUUACUAUGC